GAGGGCGCUCGAGCUCCACCGUUCACGCGCACGGCGGCACGCAGACCCGGCGAAAUCGUCACGCGGAUCCAUAGAAUCGGUGGAUUCUGCGUGGCGGGAGAGCAUCCCCGGGCGGAGUGCGCGGUCCGGCCAGUCCGAGUGCGUCCGUGGAACCGCGAGAAGAAGGAGCUCCUUGGAGCAGCAAAGCGGGUCAACGUUAACAUCCAGGAUGCAGAUGGGCUGGCGCCGUUGCACCAUGCUGCUCUGAGUGGUAACAAGGAGCUGAUCUCUCUGCUACUGGAGGCCCAGGCCGCUGUGGAUAUCAAAGAUCAUAAAGGAAUGCGUCCUCUGCAUUAUGCUGCAUGGCAGGGGAAGACCGAACCAAUGAAAAUGCUGCUGAAGGCAGGCUCGUCAGUCAACGGGCAGUCAGAUGAAGGGCAGAUCCCUCUCCACCUUUCAGCUCAGCAUGGACACUACGAUGGGUCAGAGAUGUUGCUACAACACCAAUCCAAUCCGUGUAUCUCUGACUCAGCUGGGAAAACCCCACUGGAUCUUGCUUGUGAAUUUGGGCGUGUUGGGGUGGUCCAGCUCCUGCUCAGCAGUAACAUGUGUGCAGCCAUGUUGGAACCAAAGCCCUCGGACCCCAACGGAGUGUCACCUCUGCACCUCGCAGCAAAGAAUGGACACAUAGAUGUCAUACGGUUGCUGAUUCAGGCUGGAAUUGAUAUCAACAGACAGUCCGAGUGUGGCACAGCUCUUCAUCAGGCUGCCCUCUGCGGGAAGACGGAGGUAGUGCGCCUGCUGUUGGACAGUGGCAUCAGUGCCGGAGUGAGGAACACUCUGAGUCAAACCGCCCUGGACAUUGUGAACCAGUUUACCACCACGCAGGCCAGCCGCGAGAUCAAGCAGUUGCUGAGAGAUGCUUCGGCUGCAAUGCAGGUUCGAGCACUGAAGGAUUACUGCAACAAUUAUGACCUCACCAGCCUCAACAUCAAAGCUGGAGACAUUAUCACGGUUUUGGAGCAGCAUUCUGAUGGCCGAUGGAAAGGCUGUAUCCAUGACAACCGCACCGGAAAUGACCGUGUGGGCUACUUCCCUUCUAACAUGGUGGAAGUCAUCAAGAGGGCAGGUCACUCCCCGUCCCAGCAGUGCCACACCCUCCUGCUCCGCAGGCCCAACCCCUGUCCCAUUUCCUCGAUCAACGGACACUCAUACCCCCCAUCCCAAGUCCUCCCCCUGCAUCUACCUCCCCCCCCUCCCCUCCACCCUGACAUACAGUCCCUCCCUCGCUUCUCCUCAUUUGGGUACGUUCCUUUCCCCAUCUCUCCUCCUUCUCUAUCUACUCCUCCUCUGUCUACUUCUCCUCCUCUCUCCACUUCUCAGGAGCCGCAAAGUCAGACAGGUUCACGGACUGCAGAGCUGAGUCCUCAGGGCUCUCCCACUUUAGGACAUCAGAGCAGCACCAGUGAGGACAUAUGGGUCCUCCGCAAACCGCUCGCAGGCGGUGAGCGCAGCGGCAGCGUGGGGAGCCUGGGCAGUGUGCGGUCAUCAACCAGCCUGCAGAGCUCUGGAAACACACAUGUGUUGACCACACCUGCACCAAGCCCUCAGCCGGCGCCCACACCGGGACUCAACACUCACGGCCUCAACGCUCCGGGCCUACACGCACAAUCGGAGGGAGUCAAGCUCCUGGCCACCGUGCUGUCUCAGUCAGUAAAAGCCAAGGAGCAUCUCUUGGAGCAGUCACAGUCUGUUGAGCAGUCAACAAGUUCCCCGAGCAGUGCACUUCAUGAGCAGAGGUCUUUUGAGCGGAAAGCAGAGGAGGAUGAUGGGAAAAAGCAGGCAGUAGUGACGUGGCUGGGUGAGUUUCAGCUGCAGUUCUACACCACCCACUUCCUCACCGCGGGAUAUGAUCUAGACACCAUUAGCUGCAUGACCCCUGAGGACCUGACGGCGAUUGGGGUCAUGAAGCCUGGACAUCGAAAGAAGUUAGCAACAGAAAUCAGCAAGCUUUCGUCCACUGACUGGCUGCCAGACCACAAACCUGCCAACCUGGCAGACUGGCUGUCUCACCUGGGCCUCAGUCAGUACUACCAAGUUCUCGUGCAGAAUGGGUAUGAAAACAUCGACUUUGUCUCCGAUAUAAGCCUCGAAGAUCUUCUAGAGAUUGGCAUUACAAAGCUUGGACAUCAGAAGAAGAUGAUGCUGGGAGUAAAGCGACUGAAAGAGCUUCAGAGAGGUGAAAGUGGCUCUGAGCCGUCUCAGAGCCACUCUGAGCCUCCACCAAGCCCUGGUGGCAGCUCUAGUGCCGAGCCCCGCAGGGACACGAGCAAGCAGAGGGACGGAGCCCCUGGCCCGCUGGCCAGACCUCGCCCGGGUCUCGCGCAUUCCCAAACCCCGCCCCACACGCCCACCCAGACCCCGCCGCAAACCCCUCCGUACAGCCGCGCCCAGCAGGCGUCCCCCCGGGCGCGCCCGCGCCCCUCCACACAGAUGGCCUCAGCAGAUAAGCCAGUACCUCUGCUGCGGCUGCCGUGUGAGGAGGAAGAGCGACAGCGGACUCACAGUCUGAUUGGCUCGGAGUCAGACUCUAGAUACGCCACCGUGUGCCGCAGCAGCUCCACACACACUGCCGUCCCCAACGAUGUCACCGUCAACCGCAGUCACUCGUCCGUUACUCUUCGUCCCCGACGGAAGGGUCGGCCCCCGACGCCACCUAAACGUUCCUGUUCCUCCAUCACUGGGGGAGACGGGGAGACGGAAGGACACGGGGAUGGGCUGUUGGAGUUACCCACCUACAGGGAGCGGAGGGCCAGUGACUGUGGAAGCCUGGGAGCAGCUUUAAGAGGUCAGGACUCCACAGGCCUGCAGAGAUCAGAGGGCGCUUCGGGGAGUGUUCGCAGCCUCGCAGCCAUGCUGGAAACAUCCAUUGUUCCCAAGAAUCUGGGAGGGGGCAGCAGCUACCUUCAGGCGAGUCCACCACUGCUUCGGCGCCAGGCAGGGGCAGGAGGUCUUGGAACUGAGGAUGAUGAUGUCCUGAGCCGGCGCAGGACCAUAAGUGGACUUGAAGGCUUACCUAGUGACCAUGCCGAGCAGUUACCCCGGCAACUGGUCCAGCAGCGUCCGGAGCCGCGGCCCCGCUCCAUCGUGGUCACCUCGGCUACUGAGAACGCUGACGGCACGGCGACGCUCAGAAGGAGGCCCCGUCCCGUAGCAACAGACUCCGAGGCCCCGGCAUCUGUGGCUACAACUGUUGUUACUAUGACAACUGGCUCUGACACCAUACGCAGAAGAACACGCACUAUGGAGCACACAGACCAUGUCAUUCAAAGCAAUAAUCAGUCAAAUUCUCCCAACGGAGGCGAGCCGCAGCAGAACGGUGGCGUGGUGCUGAGGCGGAGGCCCGUUUCCGAGGUUUCUGAAAGGACAGAAACCAGCAGAGAGAGCUGCGAGUGGAUGGAGGCCAGGAAGUCUCUAAAGCCUCCAGUCUCACCCAAACCAUCCUCAGUCACCCUGAGGAAGGCCCAGGCCGACCCUCCCACCCCGACUCGCAGGGUCCCCAUACCCGGGCCUGAUUUCCCUGAGAUGGCACAGAGCCCCGAGUCCAAGCGUAUCCCUCCUCCUGUGUCCCCAAAACCACGUGGGCCUCCAACUGCACCGAAACCAGGCAAAGCAGUGGUGGCUUCAGCUACCACGAGCCACAGCCCAGGAGCUACCAGCCCAGCGGCGGCCAGCCCCACCCCAGCCCCCAAACCCUCCUCUCCACCAUCCAUCGCCCCUCUUCCAGCCCCCGACACACCUUCCGCUCCCUCCCUCUCUCCAGGACUCCCUCUUGCUUCCCCCUCUCCAGCCCAGAGUCCCUCCACCCCAUCGCCGCAUCCCGUCAAACCUCCCCGCUCCUCCAUCGCCGGCCUCUCUAUCGACUUGGUGGGAGGACGGGAGGCGGACGAGGAAGUGGACAGGCGGAAGGAGGAAGAGCAGCGGAGAAAAGACAAAGAGCACAAAAAGCAAGUAGAGCAGGAGGAAGAGAGGAGGAAAGCAGAGGACAAGAACCAGAGGGAGCUGGAGAAGAAGCCUCUGAGGAGAGAAGGCACAAGAGAGGAGAUAGAGAGUCGAGUAGAGGAGGCAGAGCAGAGGGAAGAGGUUCAACAUCAUCCAGAGGAGACAAGUGCCUCUUUGGCAGCCGCUCUGCAGGCUGUAGAGCAUAAAAUCAAAGAGGAGGAUAGGCAAAAUGACUCUCUGGCCAGCAAAAAAGCAUCUGCCUCCAUCCUGGAUGACAUUGGCAGCAUGUUUGACGACUUGGCAGAUCAACUGGAUGCAAUGCUCGACUGAUCUCCUGCCCACAAUGCAUUUCCAACCAGCUAUUCCCCUCUCCCCCCUUCAUGUGUUGGUGUAAGAAGAAAAACUCUCCCAAGGCUCGACACUGGUGCUUCAAGAGCGAGUGUUCGAGCGUGCGGCCCUCCUGCGUGAGCGCUUCCCAAGUAGCCUUGUACAGUACAGAGGAGGGAGUCCUCUUUGUCUGGCGCAGUAGCUGUUGCUCUUCCUCCCGGCGCGAGGAGACCGCUCCCACACAACCUCCGACCUCUUCAGCCCAGCAUGUCAAUGCCGCCCAGCCUUAGAAAGCUGUGGGGUCUGAGAAGCACAAUCAUUUUGCUCAUCCUUUUAUCUCUAAAGACUCUGGCUAGAGCAGACAUGCUAAUUUAGUCUGGUGGAGAAACAGACAAACAUGUAUAUUGCUUGCUAAACUAAGCACAUUAGUUGUCUGACGGGCAGAUAGAUAGGUAGGUAGGUAGACUAAAUACAGUAUGGAUGAGAUACCAGAGAGAAUUUUUAAAAGCACACAGAAAGACGGGCUGCUUUCUGAGUCUGUCUCCCUGCUAUAAUGUCAAAAGGAUGCAUUUUUCCAGAUGAAUUGUAGCCUCUAUUUCUCCUCUGCAUGAGAGGAGGAUUUUGGUUAGCUGGACUUCCUGACCUGUGUGUUGUCUCUGUUCAUAUUGUUGUCGUUGUUAUUGUUGGAACUGUUGUUGCUAUGAGUGUUUGUAAUCCCUUCUAAUGCUCAUGUCAUUGUCCUCCCAAUCUUACAGUAGUCAUUUUAAAGAUCAGACUAAUAUAUAGAUGUGAGUCCAUGAAGUUUGGGACACUCUGACAUAAACAAGCACACAUAAAUGCACAUUACAGUGGUUCAGAUAUUGCUGGUGUUCUGCUGUGUUGGUGUUUUGCUCCAUCUGUAGAGGUUCGCUUGGAAACGACUCUUUACUCUCACAUAGUACAUGACAGAAACUGACAUCCACACACAUGCAUGCACACACUAAAACUCGUAUGCACAAACACAUCCACGUGAUAUAUCCUUUUGUCCUGCUGCAGUGAACAGUGUUUUCAAAAGAUACAUUUCAAUGCUUUAUGUGGUACAUCCAGUAUACAUAAACAGAUAGUUUAUAAUAUACUUGGGUAAAUGAACUAUUAGAGCUCCCUCUAGUGUUGGUUAGUGAAACUGCCUUUAAUCUACCCACCUUUACGCUCCAAUUUAUGUCUCCUUCUGUGUGUUAUGUUAACUCUGCAAAUCUCUGUGCCUUCGUAGUGUUCUUCUUUUUUUUUUUCAUGUCUACUCCAAAAAUGUUUAAUGGUUUUGAUGUUCUUCUGCAACCUUUCCGUGUCUGUGAUGUCAAAAGUAGCUUCUAACUUGAGUUGUGAGUCCUAUACAAUCCUUAAAACCAAUCCAACCCCCUUCUGCAACCUCUUGUAGCCAUUGAAAAGCUUGUAUGAGCUCAUUUAGGUCCCACUGUAAACUAUGAUAAGUUGGUUCCCCUCCUUGCUGAAACGCCCCUCCCCUCAUGUAGGCCAAACAGCAGAUCUACCACCGGUUUUCAUCCCAGUGAAGAGUUCACUUGUAUUUUUAUGCUCUUUGAAAACAAAUAUAUAUUUGAGAGAGAGAUAGUUCUAUGUGAAUAACAAUAAUUAUGGUAAUAAGGAUGAAUCUAAGUAUUGAAUUGAGGUGAGCUAAUUGAGCCUGUAGACCUAUGGUUGAGUUCUGGAUGUGUUGUGAUGGCUGUUGUGCUUAUGGUUGGGUUUAGGCUGUGUUUCUGCUGUGACAAUGCAUUCCUGUACAGCUGUGAUCAGAAUAAAUGUAUAAAUUAAACCGGACUUUACCAUUUAAA